AGCCACGCGCCUUCAGGUUCUGGCGGCCGCUGCCACCGCGUUUGCGCACGAGGAGCUGGUUGCCGCUGCAGCCGCCUGGAAUUGUGGGGCUUGUGUCUGCCCCUCGGCUGCGGUGGAAAGCCGAAGAAAACCUUCAUGGGUCUGCUGCUGUGCUCUGUGCUGACGGAGCAGCCGCCUUGUCGUCUGGUUCACCAUCCAAUGAAGACUGGGCUUCAGCUUCCAGCAUUCAGAUUCUUUGAAGGCCGUGGCCAGUCUGGAGAGGGACAGGUCCUGAUUAUGGCUCCUCAGCACCUGUAUUCCACUAGAAGGGCUCCUCUAGGAUUGCUGUUUGGGCUGCUGGUGACUUCCUGGGUCACUUCCUGCCUCAGCUGUCAGAACUCAAAUAAUUUUGCACUCAUCAGCACAGAGGAGAGUAUCCACAAGGAAUCAGAGACAAAGGAAACCAGAGGAGAAGAGGAGCUAGACACUGAGAUCCUGGAGGUGUUUCAGCCGACUCAAGAGUGGCAGGUUCUUCGACCAGGUCAGGCUGUCCCUGCAGGAUCUCAUGUACGAUUGAAUCUACAGACUGGAGCAAGAGAGGUGAAACUCCAACAAGAAGACAAAUUCCAGAAUAAUUUGAAAGGAUUUAAAAAAGGCAAAAGGCUGGACAUCAACACCAACACCUACACAUCUCAGGACCUCAAGAGUGCACUGGCCAAAUUCAAGGAGGGAGUGGAGACGGAGAAGUCAAAGGAUGAGCAGGCAAGGCAGGCCACGGUAAAGCAGCUCUUCCGCCCCAUUGAGGAGCUGAAGAAGGAAUUUGAUGAGCUGAAUGUUGUUCUCGAGACUGACAUGCAGAUUAUGGUACGGCUGAUAAACAAGUUCAACAGCUCCAGCUCUAGCCUAGAAGAGAAGGUCGCUGCCCUCUUUGAUCUUGAGUACUAUGUCCAUCAGAUGGAUAACGCACAGGACCUGCUGUCCUUCGGUGGUCUUCAGGUGGUGAUUAACGGGCUCAACAGCACAGAACCCCUGGUGAAGGAGUACGCUGCCUUUGUGUUGGGGGCCGCCUUUUCCAGUAAUCCGAAGGUCCAGGUGGAAGCCAUUGAAGGCGGAGCGCUACAGAAACUUUUGGUCAUCCUGGCCACAGAGCAGCCUCUCACUGCCAAGAAGAAGGUCCUGUUCGCUCUGUGUUCCCUGCUGCGCCACUUCCCCUAUGCCCAGCAGCAGUUCCUGAAGCUCGGGGGGCUGCAGGUCCUCAGGAGUCUCGUGCAAGAGGAGACGGCGAAGGUCCUGGCCGUGCGUGUGGUCACCCUGCUCUAUGACCUGGUCACAGAGAAGAUGUUUGCUGAGGAGGAGGCAGAGUUGACCCAGGACUCAUCUCCAGAGAAGCUGCAGCAGUACCGCCAGGUCCACCUCCUACCAGGCUUGCGGGAACAAGGCUGGUGUGAGAUCACUGCCCACCUCCUGGCACUUCCAGAGCAUGAUGCUCGGGAGAAGGUGCUGCAGACGCUGGGCGCCCUCCUGGCCACCUGCCGGGAUCGCUACCGUCAAGACCUCCAGCUCAGCCAGACACUAGGCAGUCUCCAAGCCGAGUACCAAGCACUGGCCUCACUGGAACUCCAGGAGGGCGAAGAUGAGGGCUACUUCCGGGAACUGUUGGCCUCCAUCAACAGCUUGCUGAAGGAACUGAGAUGAGGCUGUCACGCUGAUACCAGGAGUGGACUGGGCUGAUGCCAGUGAGAGCUUGGGUGAGCUCUUCAGGGGACAUCAGCCAGGAGGGAGGGCUUCCCUACUGGAGCAUGAGCUUUAUCUGGGCAGAGCUGGCAUGGUUAUUAAACAGAGACAUCAGGA